AUGUGCAGUAUUGUAGAGGAUGAUUUUGGUGAUGAUGGCGGAGAGCACGCUAUGAAGGAAAACACCCCUCAACUCGAGUUGGCAGGGAACGAGAUAUGCCGGAAGUGCAAUUCAGAACCUGCGGUUUUAAAGCUGAAUUUGAAGGAUCCACAGUGCCGGCAAUGCUUUCUCAACUAUGUGCGACACAAAUUCCGAGCAUCGCUGGGCUCAUCGAAGAUAGUCCGUCGAGGAUCGCGUGUACUUGUGAUAUAUACCGGGACGGCGGAAAAUGUUACGCUUCUGGAUAUGAUAAGGUUUGGUUUGGAGCAGGAUUCGUUCAAGCAGCUUCGCAUAGUGCCGGUGCUGCUUUUUGUGGACGACAGCUUCGUGACCCAAACACCGGAACGAAGGCAAGAACAAUUAUCGAGGCGGUUAAGCGUUCUAAGGCAAUUCAACUUCCCAUCAUAUUACACCACAAGUGGAUCCGGAAAGUACAUUGAAUUGCCACAGAAUGAUAGCUUUUCCUCAACUGAUUUCGACCAGGAGGAAGCACAACUUAUACACACUAUCAACGCAGUUCGCUCUGUUACAUCGAAACAGGAUCUUCUACAACAAAUACGUAUGCAAACGUAUAGAAAAAUAGCUAAAGAGCUUAGCUGCGCCUACGUGUUUCUAUCGGACAUUGGAGUCGAUUUGGCGAAAACUCUUCUCUCGAACGUGGUGCUGGGACGCGGCUGUACCCUGGCUCAAGACGUUGCCUUUUGUGAUGAUCGUGAUGAUACGGUUAAGAUCAUACGACCAGUACGUGACAUCAAUCCCGAUGAAAUCCAAAACUAUUUGCAGUACAGCGAAAUGAAGUUGGAUUAUCUUCCGAACGUGGAUCAUUUUGGAGAUAAGCCAAGCCUGCAAAACCUAACCGCUGCGUUCAUUGAUAACCUACAGCAAAGUUUUCCAUCGACCGUCUCAACCGUGUUUCGCACUGGCGAUAAACUUGAUGCUCCCAAAUCAUCAGACGAGCAGGAUCAUGUUCAUGGUAAAUGUUGUUUCUGUGGAGCUUUACUCGACUACCGUGGAUCGAAAACUUUGUUCGCAACGGAAUACUCGCGGCUUGUGUCGUCGAGAAUAAAUGCUUCCUGUAACCAUGAUGAAAUAUUAGAAAAGUCCAAACGGAUGGAGGUCGACGCAGAGCGUGCCGUUAAUGGCGAGGCGGGAGAGAAGCAUGAUGAUCUAAUGAAAAAUUUGUGCCACGGUUGUCGUAAUAUAUUUGUAGAUAUUGACAAAUAAAUGGAAUAUUUUCAUGCA